UGGGAAGAAUGCCCGUUACAUUGGUGGUCAGUGAGAAGAAUGGCCCUUAUAUUGGAGGUCAGUGAGAAGAAUGUCCCUUACAUUGAGGGUCAGUGGGAAGAAUGUCCCUUACAUUGGUGAUCAGUGGGAAGAAUGUCCCUUACAUUGGUGAUCAGUGAGAAGAAUGUCCCUUACAUUGGGGGUCAGUGGGAAGAAUGUCCCUUACAUUGGGGUCAGUGGGAAGAAUGUCCCUUACAUUGGUGGUCAGUGAGAAGAAUGCCCGUUACAUUGGGGGUCAGUGGGAAGAAUGUCCCUUACAUUGGUGGUCAGUGGGAAGAAUGCCCCUUACAUUGGUGGUCAGUGGGAAGAAUUCCCCUUACAUUGGUGAUCAGUGGGAAGAAUGUCCCUUACAUUGGGGGUCAGUGGGAGGAAUGUCCCUUACAUUGGUGGUCAGUGGGAAGAAUUCCCCUUAUAUUGGUGGUCAGUGGGAAAAAUUCCCCUUACCUUGGUGGUUAAUAGGAAGAAUGCCCCUAACAUUUGUAG